CAGUACUGUCUUUUAUUGAUGGCGGAUAUAAUGAUAUGCUACAGACCCCACUGAGCGAGUUAGAACAUGAAGAAUCAUAUUUGUCUUGGUAAAACGUAUUUUAUAACAUAAGGAAGUGAAAUUUCAUCACCACAGCGCGUUUAGUGGGUGGACACCCUAUAAUAUGCUAACUCCAGGCUGUAGCCAGAUGUACAAAAAUGUAUUAUUGUGGAUUCUGUCACCAUGGGCCUUCAGACACAACUCAAGGAAGCUAAGGAUAAUUUGACCUAAAUAUUGAUUUAGCAUUUACUAUCCCUUUAAAACCUCCCAGUUUGACCACACCCAGUAGGUGGCAACAAUACACCAUUUUUGUGUAGUCCGCCGAUAAAACCUCAAAGAAGACGACGUAAACAGAAGUAAGCCGUGACCAAAAACUAUUUCCACGUUUGCGUUUUUGUUGUCAUUUAGACGUUUAUUAACACCCUGCAACUCAAAAUAUGACUCAUUUAACUGCAUAGCAUCACAAACUUACCCCAGGUAUUAUUUAAUUCGCUUUGGAGACGGGACUUGGUUGAUAGAUGUUAUCUAAGUAACGCUAACUAGCUAGUUGCUAAAGUUACCUAACAAUGGCUAUGGUUUUUCACACUCAAAUAGCCUCCAUUAUGGAGGUGUUAGCGAAUGCUGCUGUGGCAGAGAUCUGUAAACUCGUAGACGACGACUAUGCAGUGUUUCGUUUGGAAAUAACUCAAAGCCAGAAAGAAAACAGGGCAUUGCGGAGGAAACUACAGCUACUGGAACUGAAGAAGGUGGCACGGGAGCGCGCAGAGAGGACAAUGCGAGAGCGCGUCAUCGCCAGUCGUUUCAGUGGUGUCAAGAUCCUCGACCGAUACAGAGGAAUUGCAAGAGGCCACGUGAGCUUUGUGAAGCCAGCAGGACACAAUACAUGGAGAGAUGACCAACCAAUCACUGUUGAUGAGGGGAGUGGAACCUCAACCCAGCAAGUUAUCUUCAUAGAGUCUGCAGAUGUAGAGUCUGCAGGUCCUGGGGUCAAGCUGGAGAGAUCUGAAGGAGAGCACAUCCAGACUGGAGUGCCCCCUGUAGCCACAGAGGACCCCACCACCGCCCCAGGGGCGCCAAGGACCCGACGCAGCAUCACGAAGGUCGGUGGAACGCUGAAUGCCGUCCUCAAGUCAGAGACCGACACCAAGAAUUUAAUGGGUCAGGGGCGACUGGGCUGUCCUCCUGCUCUCCGCUCAGAAUAUUUACUUGAUGGUAACCCGAGCCCGAGGAUGGAUCUGUCCCAUCAGGACUCAGGUGACACGUUACAGAUUGGCAAUGAUCCGUCUUGUUCAUAUGCUACAGAGAUGAUACCUAGUGACAUGCCUGUCGGCUUAGAAACACAGACUAAUCCAAUGAGAGGGGACUGGAACCAGUACAGUAGUAGUGUAUACUCUGAAGGGUCCCUAGAUAAGAAAGGGGAGGUAAUAGUCCUUGAUGAGGUGACUGUGAAAGUGGAGGGUGACUCUCCUCUGACAUGGAAUGCAAACGAGACUCACUUUGGAGAAGGACACUCACAGGGCAACACCAAUGACUUCUCAGACUACAGAAAAAGCUUAGCGACCAAUCUAACUGUCGCAACCCACUCCCCUUUACACACGCUCAGGGAUCGCGACCCACUGUCCACGCCGAUGGCAUCUUCCGAUUCACAAUACCUUUUCGAUCAAGUAUUGAUCUCAAAGGAUCAAAGGGCCAAAGCACGGGGAGGGGGAGCCACAUCAGGAAAUAGUAAAGAGAAACGGUUCCUUUGCAUGUUCUGUAACAAAGGCUUCAGCAGCUCCCAGAAGGUGGAGAUCCACCAGAGGGUCCACACAGGGGAGAAACCCUUCAGCUGUACCCAGUGUCAUAUGCGCUUCACCCAGGCUGGUGACCUGAAGAGGCACCAGAGAGUCCACACAGGGGUAAAACCUUUCAGCUGUACCCAGUGCCACAUGAGCUUCGCCCAGGCUGGCAACCUGAAGAGGCACCAGAGGGUCCACACAGGGGAGAAAACAGCAACCCCCUAGUGUGAGAAGAGGUUCUCCCACCAACACCAACUGAACAUGCACUUAUAAGUCCACACGGGAGAAAGGCCGUUCGCCUGUACGCGCUACGAGAAGAGGUUCUCAGAGGAUACACCAGCAGAAAAAAAAAACAUUCCACGGAUUGACCUAGAAAGUAACCAUUCCACUCGAUAGCUUCUGACAUUUAGAUCAAACCCUGCAUUAAAGACUAAGAUGAAUGUUAAUUGGUGUCAGCAGAAAAGAUCCACAGAUGCAUUUGGAAUAACGAGAGUAGCAAAUUUCAGUGUUGAAUAUUCCUGGGUAGAAUAUUGAAUCCAGACCUGUGAUAUAUAAGCCUAAAAGGUCUGUUUCAUAGUGUUUGUACUGUGUAGGAUAUAUGAUGUUCAAGUACAGAAUAUUUUUCCCAAGACACUUUUAAUGAGUAAAUGAAUGCAGUUUAUAAAGGUCAUGCAGAUUUUUAGUUGAGACGUGCAUGUGUGGUUUUCAUAUGGUGUAUUUAAAAAAAAAAAAAAGUGUUUAAUAAACACAAAAUGGGA